AUGUAUUCUGCAAAAAUUUCUUUGAAAUCUAUUAUUCGUCAACGAGAAAAUGUUUUAUCUCGACGAAUAAUCCAACAAAAAAAUCAUCUUUUCUUUCAAAGAGAUACUUUAAGGAAUGAUUCUUGUCAUAAUAAAACUCUGUCAAUAAUCAAAACAAAAAAUUGUCAUCAUCGACAAAUAGAUGUUCGUCCAUUCUCUACAACCACAUUUGCUCGUGCACAAGAAGAAACUAGUUUUUCAAAGGAAAACACUGACCCAAUAUCUCAUAAAAUUCUUGAAGUUGCUCUUGAAUUUGUGCCAAAGCAUGGAUGGACAGUCGAAGCUUUAUCGAAAAGUGCAGAGUCGUUAGGAUAUCUGUCAGUUACUCAUGGGAUGUUUCCGCAUGGUGGAGUUGAUCUUAUUGAUUUCUUCUUGGAGGAAUCUCGACAGCAAAUGACAAUUGAAAUUAAAGAUAAAAUGAAUGGGUUACGAGUACCGCAAAAAAUUCGAUUAGCCUGCGUCACUAGACUUAAUUUGACUAAACCAUUAAUUCAUCGAUGGCCUGAGGCAUUAGCGAUUCUGGCUCAACCAAAUAAUGUUGGACUUUCCGCAAAACAUCUCGCUAAGCUUUCCGAUGAGAUUUGGUUUCUGGCAGGAGAUAAAAGUGCGAAUAUGAAUUGGUACACAAAACGAGGUGAACUGGCUUUAAUUUAUGCCGCAACUGAACUGUACAUGACACAAGACAAGUCUCCAGAAUAUCAGGCAACAUUUGAAUUUCUCGAUAGAAGACUGCAAGAAAUUGCAUUUUUGGGUAAAACCAUUUCGGAAGUGAAUGCGUUUGUGAAGUUUGUUGGACAAUCUAUUUCGGGCGUUUUAGCUUCGAAGAAUAUCGAUAUCACAAACAUGGUGGACAUCACCUUAUCAUCUUAUCAUCGAUAUCAUAAUAAUCAUAAUAAUGACACUGUCAAUAACAAUCAAAGGCAACGCUUAUCAAGUAAAGUGUCCAUAAAUUAUAACAAUAGUAAUAAUUUUGGGCAACAAUUAUCCAUCAACGAACACACACCCACCACAAAUAAUCCAUUGAUUACUGCAAGUGACAAUAAAAUCCAUAAUACAUCCAAUUUUCAUACUAUUGAAAGACAAGAAGCAAUACUUGAUUCGAGCAACAACAACAAUAGCAUCAGUGUGAAUGCAAAGGAUGAUCAAGAGAAUUCAAUUCUACAAUCAACACCACCACCACCACAAGUUUCAAUUAAACAGGCAUCUCAAGUCAUCAUCGAUAGUCGAGGAGAAACGGAUGUAGAACGAUAUGAAUUGAUAUCUGGAGUAUCGGAAAAUGAUCAACUAUCCAGCGACGAAUUUUUUGAAGAUGAUUCAUCUGAACUAUCUGGAAAUGAAGAAUUUCAAAGCCCUGAUGAUGAUGAUAAAUGUAUUUUGGAUCAAUCAAUAAUUACCGAAGAAGAAAAGAAAGUCAAUGCGGAAUUCUUUUCCGGCAAAGCUGCGAAAACUCCCGAACGAUACAUGCGAAUCCGUAAUCACAUAUUGAACGCAUGGAUAAACGGCAAGCCAAACUACGUCACAAAAACCAGCAUUCGUGCCGGAUUAAAAGAUUGUGGAGAUGUCAAUGCCAUUGGACGUGUUCAUAGCUAUUUGGAAGAAAUUGGUGCUAUUAAUGUCGGUGAAGUGACACCGAAAGCUAGACGACCUUAUCAAAGACGAAAAUACGAAGAGAUGAUUUCUGACGAGCAAGAUCUCAAUGUUCGAUCUAUUUACUUCGAUAAUGAUGAAUGGACACCAACUGGGGGAAAACAGUAUUUAGAUGAUUUAUUCAUUGAAUUUUUUGUAGAGCGUCAGGGUUCUCGCAUGAAACAGAGACCAAGAAGAAUUCGGAAACAGCACGAUUCUAUAGCGUAUGAUCCAUUCCAAUUGGUUCCCCCAAAUGAUCAUGGAGAACUUCACCCAGCACCUUUUCGCGUAAAUAUCGAAGAAAGCACAUUGCUUGUCAUGGACUUUCACUCGCAUCUCUCGCACACUGAAAUAAUUGGUUUACUUGGUGGCAAGUACCAUCCCGAUCAAACUCUAUUAGAGGUUUCUUACGCAUUUCCUUGUCAAAGCGUCAGUACUGGCUAUCAGUGUGAAAUGGACCCUGGAUCCGAAGUAAAGGCUAGAGAGGCAUUCGAAGAUCGAGGACUGGAAAUAGUUGGAUGGUACCAUUCGCAUCCAGUGUUCGAUCCUCAUCCUUCAAUUCGAGAUAUGGAAAAUCAAGGCCGUUAUCAGGACUACCUGGCUCGUCCGUUUAUCGGAAUAAUAGUCAGUCCGUAUAAACCUGGAAAUGGUAGCAAUGUGUCGAAAUUACAAUUCUUUUGGGCCGAUACAGAAUUUGAUCCUUUAGGCAUUUACAGGUUGCCGUAUGCAUGCUUGACCGAGGUGGUGCAUCCUCCGACUUGUCCUGUCGAGCUUUUAUCUACCCAGUUUGCAGAUCUUUUAUCAGAAUACCGCGAUCACAAAGACCGUGUAGAUAUGAACAGCGCAUGGUGCAAUGGUGGCACCUCCAGACUCGAUCAUUUAAUCGAUUCACUAUCAUCUCAUUUCGGUAUUGAAGGAGAGCCCGCGCAACUAUUCUUAACAGAAAUUCGAUGUCUAAUUGAGCAGGAUUUUACACCGCUCAAACACGAGGCUUUCGACAAUUCUAUGCUUGCUGAUUUAAAAGAAGAUGAGGAUAACAAAUUCCAAGUAUCUUCAUCGAGAAGGAUAGUACCGCGCACUUCUGGUAAAACAUAUGAUCCAAAAAUGUUCGAAGCACGCGUUGAAGAAGAACGUCGAAACGACGCUGCAAAAGCUAAACUGCGGCUGGGGAAAAAGCGUCUGCCGUCGCCUGAUCCGGCUUUCGCAGACACUACUACUGAGUAUUAUGAAGAGGAUCAAGGACAAACUUUUAUUAAUACUGCUCAAGCUGAUGGAACAGCAUCUCAAAGUAUUGUUGAUCAACUUCCUGUGACUUCCGAAAUUAAACUCGAAGAAGGUGGUGGUAAUCUUGAACAAAAAAUCCAAAUUGAUAUAGAAAUGAAGAAUGAGGAUGUAGUGAAAUCUGAGUCGUCACUACAAAUUUGA